UUUAAAUACUCAUAUUACACGACAGUUCAUAUAGGAUUAAUAUAUGUCCGUACGCGGGAAUUUCGGAAGUUUUGACUAUAAACAAUUACAACAGUAGAACGCAGGAGAACGAGACUGCUGUCGAAAUGUGAUGCUACAUGAUGUACUUUACUGCGCACUGCGCACAGACCAAUGAAUAUAUCAGACACAACAUGUCAUUGCAUAUUUUCUAUAUGUUCCGUCUCUGUCGCACAUGCCGCCGCUGUCGUAACCGGUCUUCUUUCCUCCUAAAUACGCACGAUAACUGGUUCCCCAAUGAACUCUCUUAAUAUUCGUUGCUCUGUUCAAACAUAGCUCGUUUCGUCACGUUCGUUCGUCCGCCAUUUUCUUCUCACUCGUUCUGCUUAUGUCAGUGCUGUUAUAACCGUGACUGGGACCGCUUGUUUCGUGUGAAGAUUGAACUUCUUAAUCACUCUUUUACUUCUGGAUUCUCUUGUCAAUGACGCAUAGGUAAAUCAAAUAUUGGAGAUGUGAUUAUAAUUAUCGUACGAUGCAAUUAACUCUGGAUACUGGAGCACCUAUAGACGUAGAAUUUAAAAUGUCAACAGAUAAAGACGAAAUGAUCAUUAACAAUGUAGAUGAUUUUUUUUCUCACGACGUCAAAAAAAGCGGCGAUAUUGUAAAAGAUGUUACAAGUGUUAUAGCAGAAAACAAUGAUGAGUUAAAACAAUUACAACUUAAUAACAAAAUUGCGAAAGACACCACAUCAAGUAAAGCGGAAAGUGUAGAAAAUGAAAAAAGCACAUCUGAUGAACCUUCAAGAGACGAUUGUGAGAGCAAAGAUCAUAGCCCAAAAUGUGAUACAAGUAAACUAAAGAAACCUGAGGACAUUGAAAAUAAUGAUGAUUCAAUUAUUCAAUCACAAGAACCGGAGUCACAAAAUAAAUUAAAAAAUCAUAGUACACAAGAGAAUGUAGUCGAAACUGAUACAUCAGAAAAGUGUGACAACGAUAUAAGUGAACAAAAGCCAAACGUCAUUCCUAAAGCUGAACUGAAAGAUGACAUAAAUGGUGACAAUAGCAUAAAUAAUCAUGAGGACACAGCUAAUGCUAGUAAAACCGACAGCACGGAGAAUACAGUAUCUUUACUUGAAACCGAACUUACUGAAAAAGCUGAAGCUAAACAAACAAAUAAUGAUACAAAAAAUCCGGACACUGAAAGUUUAAUUUUUGACAAUAUUAUUGAUGAAGUUCCUAAUAAACCCGAUGAAAAAAAGGAUCGUUCCUUAAAAGAUGUCACGGAAUCUCAAAAUACUGUAUUUCCUAUUUCGCCUAAAAUAGACAACGACGAGAAUAAAUCAACACAUUCAGAAAUCGUAGCGGAUUCUACUUUAGAAAACACUUUUAAGACUGACAAUAGUAAGAAAGAAAGCGAAAUAACGAUUUCUACUUCAGAAAGCACUUUCAAAGCUGAGGGUAAUGCGAAAGAAAGCGAAUUAACGGAUUCUACUUCAGAAAGCAUUUCUAAGGCUGACAUUACUACGAAAGAUAGCGAAUUAACGGAUUCUACUUCAGAAAGCACUUCCAAGGCUGAAGGUGAGGCGAAAGAAUGCGAAUUAAUGGAUUCCACUUCAGAAAACAUUUCUAAGACUGAAGAUAAUACGAAAGAAAGCAAAAUAACGGAAGAAAGUGUAGUCUCGGCUGAAAAUAGUGCUAUUGAAAUAGAAGACGAAAAACUAAAUGAUACAGAGACGCAAAAUGUUAAGGGGCAAAACGAAAAUGUUGAAAGUAAUGUAGUCAAAGAACAAAAAGAAUCGUCGCUGGUAUCUAAAUUAACUAAUAUUUUAGAUUUACUUUCUGACGAUGAAGAAGAGGUUCAGGGCACUUCUAAAAAUGAAACGAUUAAUGUUGACAAGCAGUGCAUCAGUCUCGUAGAUGAUGAUGAUGUUAUGUUAAUAGAUGAGGACACGACUGCUAAAGAAGAUGCAAAAACCAUCAGUAAUCAGGCAGACAAAUUCAUUCCGGAAACGUGUGAUAUGAGUACCACUACAAGCAAAGAUGAUAUAAUGGAUACACAACACGAAACAGGUUCUGAAGGAGUUGACCACAAUUUAGAGAAAGGAUUGGAUAGCAUAACAAAUGACUCGAAUGAAUGCAGUACUUCAAAACCUUUAUUGUCAUUUGACUUUCUAAAUAAUUGCAAAAAAAAGUUAGCAGAUAUGACACGAGAAGAAUUAGAAGAAUUUUGUAGUUUGAAAAUUGUGGAGAGCGUUAUGGAUAGAUGUAAUUUGUCACACCUAAAAACACUGAUUGAAAAAAUGGCAGACACUGUUAAGGAAUAUGAAAAUGAGAUUCUCUUGUUAUCUAAACAAAAUAAUGUGCUACAAUUAGCUGUAAACUCCGUAAAUGACGAACAAAAAAAAUCUGUCGGUACUGCAUUAGCUCCAUUAAAAAUAACUCGCUCAGUAGGUAUGCAAGUCCUGAUGACAGAUAAGCCCAAUGCCAAAAAGAAGAACCCGCAAAUCAUUAAAGCAAGUGCAAAGCCAAAUCAACCUUCGCCCAUAGAUAAAACAAACCGUAACCCAAGUGUUCAAAAAUUACAAAAGAAUAAAAACCAGUCAAUUCCAGUACCAAGACUAGUUCCGGCUGCUAAUACUAACAAAACGAGCCCUGCUCCGGCAUCCAAUACCUCCGUUCCUGGAAAGUUUCCGCAGGUUACUCCGGUAAACGGUGUAAGAAAUUCAUCCCCUGUACAAAAGCCAGAAAAAAGAUCUAGAGUGCAAUCAGAAACAGUAGACUUGACAGAUGACGAGCCUCCUUUGAAGGUAACUGCAACUUCAAAGAGUUCUCCCGCUACAGGGGUAAGAUUGGUACCGGCACAGAAUUUAUUACCUCAGAGACCUCAGUUUGUACCACCCAUGACUAGUCCCAGGAAAGUGUACAUUCCAAUAAGUGGUCCUCAAUCACAAAAUGUUAGACCAGAGCAGACAGUCGUCUUAAAAACGGUUCCUCCUAGCCCAGGUUUAAGGCCUAAAAUCCUAUCAAAUAAUGUGAAUAAAGUGCAGGCGAAUACUAUACGAAUGAACCGACCAGUGUCCACAGGGAGACAUCCCGCGCCACUUCCCGAUGCCGUCAAACAAUAUCAACCAACUAGUUGGAAAGCAUUACCACCGGCGCCGGACUUAAAGCUCUCCAAGGUCGAAAAUGGAAUUGUCAUCUCAUGGAAAAUUGAUGGCUAUGAUGAAGAUAGUUACGAAGAAAUUAUUAGCUAUCAACUGUUCGCUUAUCACGAAACGAAUUGCCCACCAAGUACGGCUAUAUGGAAAAAAAUCGGCGACGUGAAAGCUCUACCGUUACCUAUGGCAUGCACGUUAACUCAAUUCUUAGCAGGGUAUAAGUAUUACUUUGCGGUUAGAGCUGUAGAUAUAAAAUCGCGUUAUGGGCCAUUUAGUUUACCCGCGAGUAUACUUCUUCUUAACAAAAUAUAAGACUGAUUACGUUGAGUAUUGCUUUUAAUAGAAUCACAAUAUCUGCUUGGACAGAUUAGUAGAAAUAUGUCUAUCAAUAUACUAGAAUAGUCAAACAAGGAUUUAUAGUCCGGUGAGAAGGCACUUCUAUAGGUUUAUCUGAAAAUAUGUAAAACUUCCAUGCACAUAGAAAAUGGCGCUAGUGAGCUAUUAUAAUUUAGUUACAAUUAUGCGCGCCGGGUAAAAUAUCUCGAGUGUCUAUUAUUAGUACCAUUAUUUAUUGACUGUUUUAGCAAGGCCAAGAAUACUUUUGACAACAGCUGUUUUUAACCAUAUGCGAAGUAUUUUAUUUUAUUACAUCUAAAUACAUUUCAGAGGCAAUAGUAUUUUGACGGUGAUUAUUUUAAUUUUUUUUAAGUGAAGGUCAUAGACAUACACUACUUGUAAAUAUAAUGUUAAGUGUCAUUUAUUUUAUAUAGAAAAUAAAAUUGUCUCAGUUCUUAUUGUAAAUUCAAAAGUCGUCUAGGUUUAGCAUGUUCAUCAAUCAGUCUUAAAUGUUAGCAUAAUACGAUGUUCCUUAGUUCUUCAUUUGUUAACCUUUUAUUGCAUCUUAAAAAAAUAUACAUU